UAGGCAGCGGCUGUCGGGAGCUGUUAUGUGCCCAAUAUUAUACCAUUCACCGCGCUUGGUUCGCGACCACCGUACUAAUACCGCACUAUAGCGCUGCGAGUUCGGAUAUCUUACCCAUAGUGUGCCGCCAAGGAAAAUCUGUUUCGAUUUUGUCUAAUAAUAUAUUCCCAGCAGCUGCUGUUGUGUUGUUAUACACGGUAGUUAUUUAUAAUACAUAUUUCAUACAGCGGAAUGGAACGAUUGCGUCGAUAGGCAUUCGCAGCGUGGAUUUGAUCUUGUUUUGAAUAGCGUUGUGGAUAAGUUUUGUGAUUUAUAUUUGAAGAAUCAUGUCUUAUAUACGGGAAAUGAAGAGGAAAACGGCAGUUAAUAGGAGAUAAGGGGAUUAUGACAGUCUACGUAUUUGUCGACUGAUGAGAAACGUGGGUUGUUAAAAUUAAAUUUAUCAAACAAUUCAAGUUAUAAUCGUGUUAAUGAGCUUAAAUUGAUAAAUAUGUUAUGCAAAAGAGUGCAAAUGAUUAAACACGCAGUGUUUUUAAGUGAAGAUCAUCUAUAUGUAUGCGUUUAUUAUAAUUGCUGAGGGGAAAGGUUAAGGUAACAUCUAUAUAAAAGACGUAAAUUUCGGUCACCAUUUCACCUUACAAAUUUGUAUAAUAAUGGGAUAUUUGAAGGUUAAUUGAUGAAAGCUUACUACCCAUGAAUUCACAGCAUAUUAUGCAGACAUAAAAGUACAGCCUUGAACAAUGUACACGACGAAUAUAGCCUUCAAUUAUCAGCUUAAACACAUAUUUAUAGGAUAACGGAUUGUCUGGAUCCGAAUUCGAGGCGUAACUUUACUGGAUCCCGGGCAUUCUAAUGCAUAUCUUGAAAGAUCAUUAAAUUCUUCGCAUGAGUUCUCAGAGUGCCAAGAAGUGAUUGCACGAUUAAACAGGAUUAGCCGAAAAUAUUUAGAAGGAAGAAAUAAAGUACCGAGAUUCGCAAAAAAGUGGAUUAAACAAAUCAAACAGGCUUCUCCUAAUGUCUUUCUUAAAAUGUGUGCUACUAGCGUUUUGAUAAUUGCCAUCAUUUACCUGGGAAACAGCAUGGAUCCGUUUGAAACAUGUGCUCACAUUUGCAACAUGUGUUGAAUAGUUUGCAUGUGUCAGGCAGUGAAUAGAUUUCAAUACUUGUAGACGAAAUUCAAACAGUGAAUAACUUCUCUCUCUUUGGAAAUACAUUUUGGUGGAAUUGUAACGCUUGAGACGGAUGGGAUAUCGAAGAUGCCCCCUGGUGUAUGUCGGCUGCUGGUAUGGAUGGUGACGUCAUUGUCGUUUUUCACUUCCAUCAACACAGAUAGAGACUGUGACGUAACGUUUGCCAGCACGACUACAAGGACGGGCAAAUUCUACUCUCCUCAAUGGCCGCUAAAGUAUCCUGACAACAAGCGAUGUAUAUACAAGUUCGUUGGUCUGACAACAGAGAGGGUGAAAAUUAGAUUCAGUAAAUUCAAUCUUCAGGGAAUGUCACCAGAGUGUAAAUUUGAUUUCAUCGACGUUUACAUACAACUGACCAGCAUUAACGACCCGCUGCUGGAGGCGCCAAUGUUGGGCCGCUUUUGUGGCGACAAUAUGCAAGACGAUCUUCCGCAGUUAAUAAUAUCGACUAAAAAUAUCAUCUUAAUCAUCUUCUUCUCCGAUAGCGAUAAAGGCGACGAAGGGUUCGAAGCUUCAUUUGAAUUCAUCGAUGCAAACAUUUAUAAUAUAGGGACCCCCGUUUCUCCUGGCAUCUGCAGCUAUUUGAUCUCGAGCCAGGAGCGAUCAAAAGGGGCCAUUCUGUCUCCCACGUACCCGGGAACCUACCCAGAUGACCUUCGAUGCAUUUACGAGCUCCGUGGGUCGCCGGGGGAAAGGAUCAAACUCACAUUUAACGACUUCUCAAUAUUCCAUGGCGAUGACUAUUGUCCAUUUGAUUACGUUAUCAUAAAGGACGGCCGGCCAAGUAUGUUUCCAGAAACAAUUGGUGUGUUCUGUGGGAAGUAUGACAAUAUCACUUUGUUUUCAUCGCGGGAGUUUCUCUACAUCGAAUUCGUAACACGCAGCGGACGUGUUAGUUUUGACGAAACCUCAUUGGAUAACGUCGCCGACUACAAAUUCGACAGACGUGGCUUUAACAUUUCAUAUGAAUUCAGCAGCAAGUUAAUACGUUUUGAUAUCAAAAAGUCUCCAGAGGCAACACAUGUUACUGGUACAGAGUGUGAUGUGCGAAUACGGUCGAAGGGCGGCUCAAGUGGGACGAUAGACUCUCCUGGAUACCCAAUCUUCCCGAGGGACACUAUAUGCCGAUUCUACCUUGAUGGAGAAAUGAACGCAGGACGACUCGAAAAGGUGAAGAUCUCUUUCAAAGACUUCGUCAUAUCUGGAGAACUCCCGAGUUGUCUCGAAGGCUCCUUGGGGGUGACCCUGGAAGGUCAUAGACGACCAGAUGUCAUUAACGAACGAUUCUGCGGGGUCCUUUGGCCACCAAAUCUGACCAGUAAGGACCCUCGGAUGAUUCUGAAUUUCAAUACUAAUAAAGCAACCUCCGCUCGCUUUAUGGUGGAUUACCAGUUCCUAUCAGAUUACGGCAUACCUGGCCGGACCAUCCCCGGUCACGAGGGCGAGUGUAUGUUCUUGUUCACGAGCGAUGACAAUUCAUCAGGCUCAUUCAACUCCCCUCGCCACCCGGAAAACUACCCGCCGAAUAUCGAAUGCGUCUACAUAUUUCAGCUACGAACGAACGAAAAGUUGCUCAUCUCUUUCGACUCAUUCUCAUUGGGUCCGGAACGGACCCCAGAACUUAAAUCACCAGAGUGCCUAGACACGCGGGACUUUUUGCAGCUCAAUGAGAGGGACAAUAUACAGCUUGGCGAGGGCAAGUAUCUCAUGAAGGCCCGCUACUGUGACCUUUUCCCGGCGCCCAUUUUGGCGGAGCGGGAACUUGAGUGGAGGUUCCGCUCCAUGCAGAACAGCAGCUCUCAGGGUUUUCUUGCUAGAUACGAGUUUGUUGCAAAGGAGGACAUACAAAAAGGAUGCGGUAACCUGAUACGCAGUGAUGGGAAAGGUGGCGUCCUGAAAAGUCCAAGAUUUCCGCUGAAAUACGAAAGCAGAACGUACUGCGAAUGGAAGAUAGUCGCAAGCAAGCCACAUAACAAGAUUCUUAUUCAGCUUGAGACAUUCAAAACAGAAGGAGACAUGAAAACGAAAGGCUGCAAGGAUGCUGUGUUACGGAUCCAAAAAGGACGAGACAUGCGGGAAAUAUGCGGAACCAUCGAAGGUGACGAUCUUUCUAAACAAGCAGUGGAAUCUAGGGAUGAUACGGCGAUUCUCCAGUUUCUUACGUCAGCAAACGUGCUAGGGUUCAAAGGCUUCCAAUUAACAUGGACUGAAAUACAUGUGUCAGUCGGCGCCUGUUACGGUUUUAAGUGCAAGGUGACGGGAUUCUGCAUAUCGAUGGACCUCCGAUGUAAUGGAUUACCAAACUGUGGUGCUGGUGACAACUCUGAUGAAGUUUGUACCGAGAAGGCAGGAAGUCGCGGCUCAAAAGAGGACAACGUGCAAGUGAUUCAUAUCGUGAUAGGGACAUCCAUAUCGGUGUUUCUAGCAGUGCUACUUUUAGUGUGCGGCGUAUAUCAUCGGAAGAAGUUCAGACCACGGGACCGAGACUCUCCUGAAGGGGAAAACGUGGAGGUGCGAUACGUCGCGGCUACUUCCGGCAGUAAUACCACGGACAGAUUGCUCACUAUGGACAAGCCGGAAACCAGACGUUCGACAAUUCACGCUGCGGAUCAAACUGAAUUGAACGAUAGCAUGGAAAUAAGUGUGAAUAAUAAAACCGAGAAAGGAACUCAGCCGGAUAAAAACAUUCACGGGAAUGGGCAGAACGAUUUGCGAGACAAUCAUACACGGACAAGCAAUGACCAUCAUCCUUCAACAAGCACGCAUGCGCAUACCUAUCCAAGACAAGUUCCAACGCCUAAGGUUCAGAAAAUAUCAAUCGUGUGAAACAAUAUUUGAUUUAGGCUGCAUUAGUCUGUAUUUUCCAUGAGUGUCGUAUUCCUAAUAAAUAUGUGUAAGUUGUCCAACAGUUGGUAUGAAUUAAUAGAACGACUUAGGUUGAUUGACAGUGCAUUUAACAAACCAAAGCAAUGAAAACGGAUAUACAUGUACUGUAGAAAGUCAAAGUCGACAAUCGAUCUGGGCCAUGUGUGUUAAUGAAUGAAGUAACGAUUUAUGAAUUUGUGUAGGCAUAUUGAAAGUUGUAUUAAAGCAAGUAAAGAAGCUGUUUUAAAGUAAACGUCAAAUAGUACUGAUCAAAUAUACAAUAUAUCGUGUCAUAUGGACAUCAUUUUGAAAUGGUGCUUUUUGUAAAUAUACUGAAACAUCUUGAGAAACAGGUCAUUUUAAUAACAUUAACAUCGUUAUAACGUGUAUAUAACGUUAGGAGAAAUACAAUUUUCUGGAAUGUGUAUGAGCAUCCUGGAAUUAGCUAAGUUUGGUCCGGCUUUUGUGUGCCUGUUUGGCUGAUAAACGAAUAAAGAAACUUUAGAAAAAAAUCCUGAACAAUAUUUAUUAAAUUUAUUAUCAGCAAGUCAAAACUAAUUAGCUUGUUUUAAAAGAAAACUUUUCUGAAAAUGUCUAUUUGUGUCGCGAUAGGUAUGGGAGGGGAUUUAAAUAAAUAUCAGAAUCAUAUGUAUAGCUUUUUUACAUAACAAAUUGCUUUUUUCUCUCGUAAACAUCACAUGUGUAUUCAACAUUAAAAAGCUCAUGUUUUAUAUGGUAUACGAAUAAAGUUAAAAUUAAUGCGAAAACGAAAUAAAUUGAUAGAAUAAAUAAUUGCUGUUGUAUCAUUCGUUUCAUUUAUUAUCAACAUACCAAUAUAAUAAAAACAAUAACAAUAAUAUUUCUCAUAUGGAAUGGUGUAUUUUAAUGUUAAUUAAUGCAUAUUGUUUAUAAUAUACUCAUUGAAGUCUAUAAUUAUGAAGUAAAGACAUUUAAUCACGUACAUGUCCAGUGCAUGAAAUGGAUAUGUAAAUUGGAACACACAUCUCAUAUAUACCCAGGAAUUAGCAAUUUAUGCACACGAAAAAUUCAUUAAAAUGAAUAUAGCAUUAACCUAAAUUCACUUCCUUACCUUAGAAGAAGUUUUAUGCUGCAAUAAAUUACUUAUGUUGGAGUUCAAUUGCUGAAAGAAUCAAAUAUAUCGUUUUUUAACAUUCACAAAACAUCGUGUUAAAUAUUUAGCAAAGGUUUCCGUUUGAAGCAUUCUGUUUGCAGGUUAUGUUGCGUGUAUUUGUAUAUAUUUACGUGAAUUAUUCCUUUUAUUUAUUGCAUCACAUAAGUAUUUCAUGUAUAAAUUGUAAGAAAUGUAUGUACAAAUGUUAUACAAAUUGUGCUUGUUAUCUUACGAAGUUGUUUUGACUUUGUGAUACGCAAUUAAGUGUGAUUAUGCACAAUAUGAGAGAAAAAAAUGUAAAUAUAUAUUUAAAUUUAUUUUUCAUUAUAUAUCGUCUUCAAAUGUAUGUUUGUAUGCAAAAUAUAUAUGUUUGUUUUUAUUUAUUAUUAUUUGUUUUAGAACUGAUUAUGAGGUUGAUGUGUAAAGGAAUACAGACUGCAUGACCAUUCUAGGCUACAUGCGUGACAUUGUUUAUUUUGGUAUGGCUGUUACAAAUAGUUAGAGUUUGUUAUGUGUGUUAUACGGGAAUUGAUAAUUAUUCAUUAAGUUAAACGUAAGCUAAGGAUGUAUGAUGAUACAUUUAGAAACACAUCUUUAAUAUAUACAUGCGGUACAUUGUGACCAUUUUAUAUAACUUUGAAUAUAAAUGUUUCAAAUAGCACACACAAAAAAUACAACUAUAGAAGUUUCAUUGCUUUUAUUUCUGAUUACACAAGCAUAUGUUACCAUUAUGUGCGCAUCGCUUUCUUUUCAUUGCUUUAAUAAGUAGGUCAAUAAAGAAUCUUACUUAUAGUAAAUUAGUAUGUGUACAAAAUAUUCAUUAAAUAUCAUAACAAAUACCCACGUAGUGCGAAAAUGGGUCUUAUUAUAUAUACGGUCAGGGUAGCUACAGACCAGCCUGUGUGGAUCGCGUUGGAACAUUGGAUGAAGUUAUUAUGUUUUAUUUCAUAUUUUUUUUUAUUAUUGAGCACUUAUAUUUCAACCAGAUUGCAAAUUCAAUUGCGUUGUGUAUCAUUUACGUUCAGAAACACGCAUUUACAUACUAUCAUCUAAGAAAUUAUGUAAGAUUUCUUUGAAAAAUAUCAUGGUAAUAUUCAUUUUUGGCACUUUUUCAAUCCACACGCUUUUCUUUGUUUUAUUUGUUUAAUUCAAUUUUUUUAAUGAAAAUUAGAUGUUCAGGUUUAUGAAAAUGAACUUGAAAUUACGUGGAGCUAUAUAUAUGAGACAAACAGAUUUUACAUGCAUGUCUUGUACAUUGUGUAGACUUUUAUGAAAGUAAUAAAAAAAUAUUGAACUAUA